AUGACAGGCACCAUAAAUCAAUCCAAUAAUACUCAUAAUACUAAUCACCAGUAUUCACCAAUCCUCCAACCAUUCAUCGUCUCCCAAAUAUUCAAACAUUUACAGCAUCAGAUCGACAAGUACAAUGCCAUGCUUGUCGCCAAGUCAUCAUGGAGCUAUGAAGGUAUCAAGGCUCUGUACUCGGACUUGUGUCUUCGAACUACUCGUUUGGUGGAUAUUACUGGUCAUCAAUCACAACAACAGAGAUCUGAUAUGCCACUGUGGUGUUUUGGUGAUCGAUUGAGGAAAUUGAGUAAUGCGAUACUUGGAACUAGGACUAUCAAUCCUGGAGACUUGGUUUCAACACCUACACUAUCUCUCAGUCUCAGAGAUUUGAAUGGUGGUGUUGUUGCCAAUGGUGAUAUUAACCAUGAUGAUGAUGGUCAUGAUGAUGGUGGUAGUAGUAGAGAAGGAAGUCAACGUAAUGAACCAUUAGCCAAACCACAUGGUCACUACGUCAAGACUAUGACCAUCUUAAUCUAUAUCCCAGAUGCCUUGCCAAACGCCCAUCAAAUGGAUGCAGACAUAUCUCUCUUAGCAUCCUACUUGAGUGUCCCACUCUCCGAAUUACUAUAUAUACCACCACCAUCCUCACCAAACAUACUCCUAACAGCCCAACAUGUGAAAAACGCAAUAACAGGCACAUGCACACUCGACUUGGCAUAUCUCGCACAAAUCCUGCCAGUAUUGAACCAAGUCGAGAAAGUAUGUUGUCGUUUUGUAGUGGUGCCUCCUGAUGGACUGCCCGUAGCAAUCAGUAGACCAGUGCUUGAACUGGAUUCGCCACAACAGCCAACGACAGAUGCCAUGAUGAAUUUUGCCAAGGUAAUGCAGACUUUGCAGCCCGCUUCUUGUAAAACAUUUGAAGCUGUUAUUGGGGGCUGUACUCGUAGCGGUGUUUAUGCCAUGUUGUUGUUGAAUGCGUAUUCAGGGGCUAGGAAGAGAGUUGGUCUGUAUCCCUUGGAUUAUAUUCGCCCAAAAAUGUUGCGUGACUUGUUUUUGUCUACAAACAAUGUGGUUGAUUUGGAACUCUGUCACAGGUCAUUGACAGAUGGCAGUCUGAGUUUAUUGGCUGAACCGCUACAAAAUCUUGAAAAGUUGACUAUCAGUGUGGAUCCACAUAGCACCUCAUCACAGACAGACCCAAACGUCUGUUCUAUUGUAUCUCAGUCACUCAAUGCCUUCUUGGCAAGUCAUCCAACACUGAAGUCAGUCAGAAUCUAUGGCCUCAAUGUAUUGGACAAGUCGACACAAUUGUUGGAUGACGACAUGGCAGUCCACGUAUCUCAAUUUGGAAUCAACUUGACAACACUCUUCUUGCCAGACUGUUACUUCUUACGUGGCCAAGGAGUUUUGACAACUUCUUGGACACUUCUACAGCAUUUGAAUCUUGAAGGAUGUAUUUAUGCUAGUGCACCUUUUCUUGGCUCCAUAGCCAGUAGUUGCAUCCAUCUCGUCACAGUCAAUGUAUCUCAUACAUUAUGUGAUACGACGGCUUUCAUCCAAUUCAUGAAGUGCAAGAAUUUGCAAAUCAUGUCGGCUCGUAAUUGUGAAUAUCUUGGUUUAUCAGUCUUGCCACCAUUGGUUACGGCACUUUGUCGAGCUGACGAGCCGGUCAACGUUUUUGAUAACCAUAGUAUUGAGAAGGAAGACGAUUAUGUAAAUGAUGAGAAAUACCCUUCUUCAUGGAUGAAGAAACAGAAAAAGAAGGCUGGCCUGGCUUCUCCUCUUGCAGGAGGCAUGUUGCAGCAGCUGCAACAAAUGGAUUUGAGUCUAUCUAUAAAUCCAUUUGGCCAAAAUACUCUGCCCAACGUCUUGACUUCGAAUCUAGUCAAGGCGCUUCUAUACCUGGGACGAUUAUGUCCAAAUCUGGAACUGAUUGUCGUCAAAUAUACUGUGGGUAGUGUAACGACACAAGAUACUGCUGCCAUAUUACAAAUCUUCAAAUCAUGGUAUCUGAGACGUAUUGACAGUGUGGUUGGUAGCCAAAGUGAAGGGAUUGAUGUGAAGAGCUAUAGAAGGAGUUGGGACGAAUUUGCUGAAAUGGCAGGAAUUUUGUCCUUUGAAAGGAUUGAUCUGACCCCACAUAGUCCUGGAUGGAAGAUGUGGGUCGAUUGGCAGGAUGCUACGAAUAUUUUUCGCCAACAGGAACGACAAGAAGGGCGACCAUCAUUCGUGAAUAAUGGUAUGAUGGACCAAAAAAUGGACUUGAAUGCUGCUGUACUACCCAUGUGGCGUAGCGCUGUGCCAGUAAAUACUAUUGAAGGAGCUGGAGCUGCUGCAAAUAUUCUGACUCAGAUGAGUGGUCGAUCACCACAAAUCAGUGGUCUUCAAAUGAAUAGUGAUGGCAGUCACCUGUUUAUGGGAGCAAGCGCCAGUAGCAGUGUCGAUAUCAAUAGUAGUAGUGUUGCAUAUUUUCAACCGGAUGUACCCAUUCUUCGUCUACCACCAGGUAUUCCACGACUAGAAUUACUAGAACAGCAGCAGCAACCACAAAUGACUCUGUCGCUACAACCUCCACAAUCAUACCAACUGGCUUCACAAUAUUCUCAAUACCCAACCUUACUGCCACCAAUACCUGAAAACCAAAUAGACCAAGGAUUCAUAACAACCAAACCACAAUAUGCCCAUACAGUUCAUCAUAUGAGUGACCCAUCAUCACCACCAUUACCCUUAACUCGACCAUCUCCUGAACAGCAGCAUCAGCAGCAGCCGAAACAGAAACAGAGACAAUCGUCUGAUACUGACACGUAUUUUUUACCACUUCCUCCUCGUGCAAGUCGACAAAAGGAAUUGAAAUACAAGGAGGUAGACUCUGAUGCUGAAGAAGUUAUGCCCAUCAAGAAACUUGCUGAGUUGCGACGACAAAAGGAGAAGGAGGCCACGACCAAUAGCAAUGGUAAUGACAGUGCUUCACCAUCAGCAGAAGAUGAGUUUCCGUUUGCAUGUGGAAUCAAGGGCUGCGACAGGAAGUUUCGAAACAGUAGAGCUGUACUGAGACACCGAGCUUGGCACACGAAUCCCAGUUUUCGAAAAGGACCAAAGGUUGCCAAACGGAAGGCACCCAAAUCUGAGCCCAAUUGGUUUAUGGUGGCUACCGCAGCUGAACGUGAAGAAAGCAACAAAGAUGAUGGUUCUUCUUCACCCUUGUCGGAAACUGGUGAUUGCAGCUCGUGA